UAUACUAUUAAAAGUUCAUAUCUCAAACACAUGCUACACUCACCCAGAAAUGGUGACAUCAGCUGUUGUUAUCGUUUGUCUUUCUUGCUUCCUGACUUUGGUUCCACCUGCUGAAGCGGACUGCUUAGCGGGUUGGAUGCACUUCAAUGACUCCUGCUACAGCUUUGUGGCCAAGCAAGUCGCUUGGAAUGAGGCUCAGCAUGCUUGUUACAUAAAAGGAGGGUCACUGGUGAUCAUCAAUUCCCAGGAGGAGGACGACUUUCUUCAUCGACACCUGCAGCAAGAGCGGCGCUACUUCUACGGCUACGAUUUCUGGGUGGGAGGCAAGGAAAUUCCGGGUACAGACUUCUGGGAAUGGGUGGAUGGCACCUUGUUCUCACAAACGUUCACCGCCUGGGCCACGGGCAGACCUGUAACGGGUGGACGAGCCAAAUGUCUGGAGUUCGAAGCUGAUAUGAACAGCGAAUGGAAUGAUGAUUAUUGCGAUGAUCUGGACUUUUACAUCUGUGAACGAGCGUUCGAAUUCCUGACACCAAGUCCACCGCCUAUUGUCGGCUGACAAUAAUGUUUCUGCAGCUCACAUGAAGAUUUCAUCGGCAAGAGGAUUCACUGUGUAAUGCAAAUAAAUAAAUCAACAUAAAUUUGUAUCAACAA